AAUGCUACCUAACAGCAUUAUUAGAUCAACAUCUCUAUCUCAUUUGGUUGAUGUGCAUGCUUCAGAAGUAAAAGGGAUGAAUAUCUAUUAUUUCGAUUAUUAAUUUGGUUUCGUCAGAAGCGAAGGGCCCUUUCUCCUGACUAUCUUGUGGAAAAAAAAUUAUUGAUUCUGAUUAGUACUUGAUUGUACAAGGAGAGUUUUUUUUUACCUGAGUGUGUUUACUGAAGUGGGAGUAUGGUGUUUGAACUCAUAAAUAGGGCUCUGAAGGUGAUGGGGUUGGAGCUUGCCCCCCUGAGGAUCCCCUUCCACCGGCGUCUGGAGACCUUUGCUGUUCUUCAGUGGUGGUUCUGCUUCAUGUUCCUUGGUAUCUUAUCAACCGUUAUAUCCCUCUACCUUCUCUUAUUCACAAGUUACUACUGGCUGGUACUCUUGCUUGCAGGAUGGAUCUUCUACGACCGCCACACACCUCGCCGCGGGGGUCGAAGUUCGGAUUGGAUACGCCGCUGGAGACUCUGGGUCCACAUGCGGAACUACUUCCCCAUCAACCUGAUCAAGACGGCAGAACUAGACCCAGAGAAGAACUACCUCAUGGGGUUCCACCCACACGGCAUCAUGAGCAUGGGGGCCUUCGUGAGCUUCGGAACGGAGGCCUGUGGUUUCUCUGAGAAGUUUCCGGCGAUGAGACCUCUCCUUCUGACGUUAGGUGGAUGGUUCAAUUUUCCGUUGGCAAGGGAUUAUAUCAUGAGUUCAGGAAUGUGUGACUGUAGUCGUGAAAGUCUUGACUACCUUCUGAGUGAUAUGGGCAAAGGUAAUGCAGUCGUGUUGGUUGUGGGCGGAGCUAUUGAAUCAUUAGAGGCCCACCCCCAUGCUCAUAGGCUCUACCUGAACAGGAGGCGGGGCUUUAUCGUCAAGGCGAUGGAACAUGGCGCUCAUUUAGUGCCAAUCUACUCCUUCGGUGAGACGGACAUCUACGAACAGAUGUCGAACCCGGAGGGUUCUUUCCUCCGAUGGCUGCAGGCCAAACUUACGAAAUGGAUUGGGUUUGCCCCUCCCCUUUACCAUGGAAGAGGAAUCUUCAACUACAGUGUGGGGUUCAUGCCCUUUAGGAAGCCCAUUAAUACAAUAGUUGGUGAACCGAUCCCGGUCGAGAAAAACCCUACCCCGACAUCGGAGGAGAUUCAAGCGCUGCACGAAAAGUACAAGGCCGCCCUCAUCAAGCUAUUCGAUGACAACAAGUCCAAAUAUGGCGUGGAAGCAGACCGGAGGCUGUCAAUUAUCUAAUACUUGUAAUCGAUAUCUCAUUUUAUAUUGGUUUUGAUCAAUACGAUGUGUUUUGGGAGACAUGUACCGUGGUGCCCAAAAGAUAGUGAACCCCACCUGAAAAUGAACAUUUUCAUGUUCUACCAUGUUUUAGAUAUCUAAAUGAAAAGUCAGGUUAUAAAAUAUUACAUUCAAUAAAGUUUGCUUCUCUUGGCUUGCCAAACAUUGUAGUGUUGUCUACAUUCAACACUCGGCUUCCUUCACUCGACCGAAUCCAUUGAUGGCUCUGCUCAUAAUCCGAGGGUCAACCUAUGGUCCAACCACCUCCAGUCUGUGAAGCACAAACUGUCCUAUGGACCUAGAAAAUCACUCCCCCAGGUUCAAGUGAGGAAUGGCCAACCUGGCUGUGUCUUAAAUGCCUACGGUCUGGGACAGGACGGUUCAAAGUCCUAAUGCAGAAAUGGGGCUGCAGCAGGGAUGGAGACACUGCCUGCGACUCUGGGGAGGAUCAAACGGUGCAAUACCUUUUGGUCUGCCCCCUCCUACCAGAGCCGUGCACUGCCAAAGAUCUGGAGUCUUUUGAACCCAAAAGCCAGGUGGGUGUUUCAUAAAGCUGUUCGUAAGAUACGAAUGACUUAACGCACGACUUGUGAUCCUAUCUUGUGCUAUGUGAUGUCUCUGUAUAAUUGACUUAUGACCUAAGAACAUGUUCCAGUCGUUCUGCGUAACUUUACAAACAGCUUUAUGAAACACCCACCAGGGGGGUGUUUCACAAAGAUUAAGUAUGACUUAGAGUCGCACUUAAAUGUCUAGUUGCAUGUGGUACAAAAGGCAUGACCGCAUUGGUCAGAUCAUGCGAAGAGGACACGCACUACUGCGUAUUGAUCAACAAGAUUGCGCGUUGCAUAUCAUGUACGCGUCGGCAUUUAAGUGCGACUUAAGUCAUACUUAUUUCUUUGUGAAACACUCCCCUGAUCUUGUAACCUCCACUGGACAGGACACGUGUAGUGACCCAAGAAGAAGGACACUCGGCAUGAAGGGUUGCUUCUUGUGGUGGGGUUCACUAACUUUUGAGCACAACUGUAUACGGUAUAUUGUCACAUGGUCUACACCCGCUGUGCGGAAUUGGGAUAAAAUGGAAAGUAGAGGAAGCGGAUAUAUACCAAAUGGCUGUUUACUUGAGCCCAAUCCAUCGUGUUGGUGCAAGAACGCCCUUAGCAAAACAUAUCCGUGCACCGCAUCGGUGCAGAAAUGCCCUUACACAAUCCACUUAUGCGUUCUUGCACUGACACAACAAAUUCCGAAGCCUGAUUCAUACUCUUAACACAAAGAUACAAUCAGUCGUACAAUAAAUCAUAACUGAAUUUCCAUUGGAAACCAUGUACAAAAAGUUAUGAUAAAUUGUACAUAUAAAGUGUAUCUCUUUGUGUUACACCCCCCCCCCCCCCCCCAUCCCCCCAAUGAUAAAGCUAAAUAAGCCAGUUCACGGUUAGCUCAUGAUCAACUUUUCUCAAAUGACCUUAGUGAUUUUUCAUUAGGAUAAGCACUAUCAUUUUCAAAUGAAGAUGUUGCGUAAGCUUUACCGGUAGAGUAUUCAAAUUAUAAGUACAAAAGCCAUUGUAUAGACCAGGUGACUAGAAUAGUACAUCAGGGAUAAAGUUUGGAAAUUUGUUUUAUUGUCUGCCUUUGGCACAUUUGACUAUUGUUUAGGCUACUGUCAAAUACCAGUGAUUAUGAAGGCUCUAUUUAUUACUCUUCAGCUUGGAUGUGAUAAAAUGAAUAUUUUGAAAGGAAUACAUGAAUAAUCAUCAAAUCACAAAUGCCUAUGUCAUUGAAUUUGAAAGCCACCUUCAUGGUUUAUCUCAAAUGACUUUUUUCUGCUCGUGCGCAGUUUACAACCGUGAACAGGCUUAUUUGGCAUCUUUACAGCUACCUUAAUAUUAAUAAACAAUGAGACUGGUGUUCAGUAAUUGUUCUAAACCCAUAUUUGGUGAAUGAACUUCAUUCAACACUGUUACUAACACCUUUUAACACCACUGUAACAUUAGAGGAAAAUAAAUUCAAGCAAGAUAAUUGAGAAAUCCUGCAUUCAAAUUCUCCUUUCAUAGUUUGAUUUUUGUUCAUCUAAGGUUUGAAUGCCUUUGAUAUCAUCAUGUGAAAAUUUUAUUUUGAAUUUUUUAUAUUAAAUUUGAUAUCAUGUGAAAAAAAAUUAGGAAUUCAUUAGAUCUGAACCAGUUUAGAUUUUAACAUUCAUUCUUAUAACAGGGUCUGGGCAAUUUGGCCAUACUAACACAGCUCUAAUGAUUCCAUCACUUGUGGGAUUGACCUAUUCUAUUACAUUCCAUACUAAAUCACAUACACACUUAAGCCGUCUUCAUUGCCAUGUGCCUUGUAAAUAAAAUGAAACAAAAUUCAUGGAAUUACAGAGAGAAAAAGUAUUGAAUGUAAAUUUUAAAGAAAUUUUAAUUCUGACUACUCUUUUAUGCAAUUCAUGUAUUUUUCAUGUGUAUAAUAUUCAAUAUUUAUCUAUUGUGAUGUUUUGAUGAUCUUAUCAAUUAAAUUUUAUUAAUAGAUUAAAAAAAUCUUGCAAAAUAUAUGUGUGUAUGUAUGUACCCUGCUUGCUGCCUUAAUAAAGCCUUUGUAAAUACAAAUAAACAGGGUGUAUACGUAAUUAAAUUUAUUUCAUACUGAUUGUCAUUUUCAUAAGAUAUUUUUUAAAUCAUCUAUUAUUGACAAUGCUGUAUAUAACCACUCAAUUUAGUAAGUAAUUUAGUAACUGUCAUGAGAAGCUCAAUUCCACUACAGAGUGGUUAAAUUUCCACCAAAAAGUUUUUCAUUUUGUAAGGCAUUGAAAUGAUGACGAGCAGGCACCAUUUUCAAUCUACGUGGUAUGAUUUUUUUUAAACACUAAAUAUUUGUUGCUAUACUAAUUAUUCAAAUUUCGUAUUUAUGCCUGGACUUGAAUAUGAUAUUGCAUCAUAUACCUUCUAUUGAUAUUCAUUAGUAUUCUGAAUACAUGUAAAUGAUUGGUCAAGUGAUGCUCAUGUGAGAAAAGAUAAAAUUUAUUUCCUGGGCAGAACUGUGCAGGCUCAAUGAAAUGUUGAACAUGCAUAGUUCUGCCCAGGAGAAUAAAGCAAAAACUAUUUGUAUCUCUCUCCAAGUCUCUGACAUACUGAAGAGUGAGUUGUCACUACCGGGCAAGCCACAUGAAGUAACAGCACAGUAUACAAAUCAGAUUCCUCCAAGCGCUGUGGCUGAACGAAUUUCGUCCUGAAUGGGGAUGCGGACCUACUGGGAAAAGAUUGCUGAGAUUUGUAUUUCAAAAUGAAAGAAGGAAUAUAUACAAUAUACCAGGGGGCAUUUCACAAAGACUUAAAUGUUCAGUUGCAUGCUGAAUGAAAGGCAUCACCUCAUUGGUCAAGUAAUGGAAAGAGGACGCACGUUACUGCGUAUUAAUCAAUAAGAUUGCGCCUUGCAAAUCAUGUGUGCGUCAGCACUAAUCAUGACUCUAAGUCAUACUUAACUCUUUGUGAAACACCACCAGGGGGUGUUUCACAAAGAUUUAAGUAUGACUUAGAGUCACACUUAAAUGUUUAGUUGUGAGCGGUAUAAAAGGCAUGGCCGCAUUGGUCAGAUCAUGCGAAGAGGACGCGCACUACUGCGUAUUGAUCAAUAAGAUUGCGUGUUGCAUACCAUGUAUGCGUCGGCAUUUAAGUGUGACUCUAAGUCAUACUUAAAUCUUUUUUAAACACCCCGAAGGAAAAAAUAGUAGUAUUACCAGUUCAACUGAGGAGAGAUAAUUCCCUCUAUACUUUCUCAAAGCCUUGCCUAUUUGUAUAAUGCCCUGAACAUAUUUUGUUUUGACUUUAAGAUUACAAUGUUUCUUGGAUAUUCUUUUAUAAUUUUUUGGUAUGCUGAGUAAUGAUGAUAUUGUUUUGGGGGGUUUCAUAUGAUUUUCUUUCAAAUGUACUUGCAAUUUGCAUUAGUGAUUAUCGUUAUUUAUGUAUAGAUAUUACUUUUAACUCUCUCACUGCUUUUGUUUUCCGUUGAAGGAGAAAACAGAAUUUUGUGGACAGAUGUACUAAAUAUUUAAUAUGUAGAGUUUAUGUUGCUGCACUGAGAAUGGAGUAUACUUCAUUAUUAGAUUAUUGUUACAAUUGAUAUGCAAUAUUGUAGAAAACCACUCCCUUGUAAUCUUGCCUUCAAUAAUUUCCAAAUGAAGAACAUUUAAAGACAACUAUCACUACUAGUAUUUCAACCUGGGUAGUAUUUCACAAGGCCGUUUGUAAACUUACGAACAACUUUACAAACAUUAAAUUUGAAAUUUUAUAAAACUUUGUAUAAUAUCAGGAAAAAGCGGAUGCCCGGGCCGUACAUGUAUAGCACUUUAUAUUCCAGAUGGUACAGCUUUUCAUAUUUUCUGAACAACUUUGUAAUAACGACCUUGGGUCUAAUUCAACAGUGCCUUUAAUCUUGCUCUAUUAUGAUUGUAGAGACAGUAAUUUUCCAUUUCAAAAAAUGGUCUUCUCCGUUUCUGAAAAUCUGUAAUUCCGUUUCAACUUGAUCUAAAAAUGGAAAUUCUGUUUUGUCACUGAAAAUGUACACAGCAAAAACCUGAAUUCCUUUUUGCAAAGGUAAAUUCCAUGAAUUUUUACUUAAAAAGUAUAAGAACCAAAUGGAAUUUCCGUUUUAUUAACCGGUAAAACGGAAAAUCACUGUCCCUAUGAUUGGUUCGUUCACUGAAAUGGAUACCAAGACAGUAUUUGAAUACUUUCUACCUGCAUUCCGUCUUGUUGCAUAAAACUGUACAAUUAAUGGUAAGUAUGCCAUCAAUAACAACUGCCAUGGUAACAGGGCUCAACAGGCAAUCCAAGUGUACGUUUUCAAGGUAGUUACAAUUGAUCAGAUUUACCAUAAAUAAUGAAGUCUUGUGCGACUAGCCCAAGUAGACUCAUUAAUGGUAAUUGAUGCUUUAACAGUAAAAUGAUGUAUUUACAAUCAAACUUGCCAAUGUUGAAGCUGCAGGAAUUGUUGAAAUAUCUUUGAUUUAGACAGAAUCUGUCCUUUUUUUAAUAGUAAGACAAAGAUGUUAAGAAGGAUUUUAUUUGUGAAUACAUGUACCUUUGACUUUGAAUUGGAAAAUCAAUUAUUCUACUUUAGAACGUGGGUGUUUCAUGAAUCUGUUCGUAAGUAAAGAGCACCUUUAAGAAUGACUGUUGAACUUUUCUUAUGCGCUAAAUAAUCGACAAUGAACAUUAAAUGGUGAAUAUCAUUUACCACAAGAAAGGAUCACCGGUCCUAAUGAAAUUAGCAUUUCAUUAUGAUUACUCAUCCGCUGUUGCAUUAGGGAGUAUAAACUGAUUUGCUACAGAUGAAUUUGAUUUGUCUAUGGAACUUUGCAACUGAUUGCAAAUAUUUUUCUUGGGACACCCCCUAAGUCUCCACGUAUUGAACCAUGUGAUAUGGCAGGUUGGGAAAUAAAUAUUUUUUGUAUGAUGGCUAUUCAUUUUUCUGCCCCUAUUCAUUCCUGAUUUGAACACGACAGUACAAUGGGGUUCCUUCUCAUUUUACCAGGGACUUUUCUUUUCAAAAUGAAGGGGGAAUGCCGUAGUGUGUAGUUCAUCUGUUGUUUGGUUGUAGUUUUUUUUAGUUUGCUUGUUUUUUUUGGUUUUUUUUUUGGGGGGGGGUUGUGGGUGCAUAAAAUUCUUAUCUUGAUCUGAGAUCAACAAGGCAUUAUAUACAUAUGCUACUGGACACAAUGGCUUAGUGGUAGGGUACCCACCUCAUGAAUGGGAGGUUGUGGGUUCAAUUACCUUUUAUUUUUUAGAGCAUACAAUAUUGCAAUCUAUAUUUUCUAUCGUGUAUCAUAGAGAAAUUUAUCAAAAUCUAUCGCAUUUGUACUAUAAUUUGACCUGAAAUACUAACACAGAUGUUUCUUUUGUGCAAAGAUAAAGAAAUAAAUGUGGUGUAUGUUGUGUUUUGUACUAGGGGUUUGUAUGUGAUUAACAAUGGAAAAGGUGAAUACAUAUAUGAGAAUAAAGUCUAUCUCGUUUUCUGAGAAAUGCA